CGCUGCGCGGGGUCGGCCGGACUCGGGGGAUGCGUGGGCCAGGCGCCCGCGCGCCCCGGCCGCCAGGUGGCGCUAGAGACCCGCCGGGCGCCCCGCCCCGCCCCGCCCCGCCCCGCCCCGGCGUGGCCCCGCCCCUGGCCCGCAGUCCGAGCGCAGCCGGGGCCGAUGCGGGGACUCGCAGCGCGGCUCCUGCCCGGCGUCGUGGUCCCGACCGCACGCGAGCCGCGGGGAGUCGCCGCUGGAGAGGGGCUCGGCGCCCGGCGGGGACUGCAGGCGAUGACUCAGGAUGCAGCCAGGGGCCACGACGUGCACGGAGGACCGUAUCCAGCAUGCCCUGGAGCGCUGCCUACAUGGGCUCAGCCUCAGCCGCUGCUCCACCUCCUGGUCAGCUGGCCUGUGUCUCAACUGCUGGAGCCUGCAGGAGCUGGUCAGCAGGGACCCAGGCCACUUCCUCAUCCUCCUGGAGCAGAUCCUGCAGAAAACCCGAGAGUGCUUACAUUACUUUUCCCCAGAAGCAAGAAAGAAAAGAAAGGACAGAACGAGAAAGCGCUGCUCCGUUCUGCACCUGUGAUGAGCCUCACGCUCCUCUCCUGUCCUGUCCACAGGUCCAAGAGAAGGGCACCUAUGACCUUCUCGCCCCCCUGGCCCUGCUCUUCUACUCCACUGUCCUCUGCACGCCACACUUCCCACCCGAUUCAGAUCUCCUUCUGAAAGCAGCCAGAACCUACCACCGGUUCCUGACCUGGCCUGUUCCCUACUGCAGCAUCUACCAGGAGCUGCUCACCUUCAUCGAUGCUGAACUCAAGGCCCCAGGAAUCACCUACCAGCGACUGGUGAGGGCUGAGCAGGGCCUGCCCAUUAGAAGUCACCGCAGCUCCACCGUCACCGUGCUGUUGCUGAACCCAGUGGAGGUGCAGGCUGAGUUCCUCGCCGUGGCCAACAAGCUGAGUGCGCCCGGGCACUCGCCCCACAGUGCUUAUACUACCCUGCUCCUGCACGCCUUCCAGGCCACCUUCGGGGCCCACUGUGACCUCCCGGGGCUGCACGGCAGGCUGCAGUCCAAGAGCCUGGCCGAGCUCGAAGACAUCUUCACGGAGACUGCGGAAGCUCAGGAGCUAGCUUCUGGCAUCGGGGACGCAGCCGAGGCCCGGGAGUGGCUCAGGACCAGGCUGCAGGCGGUGGGACAGAAAGCCGGCUUCCCCGGCGUGUUAGACACUGCCCAACCUGGCCAGCUCCGCACCAUCCCCAUCCCUGUCGCCAGGUGUCACACGUACAGCUGGAACCAGGACAGCUUCGACAUCCUGCAGGAAAUCCUGCUCAAGGAACAGGAGCUGCUCCAGCCAGGGAUCCUGGGGGAUGAUGAGGAGCCGGAGGAGGAGGAGGAAGAGGAGGAAGAGGAGGACUUGGAAACGGACGGGCAUUGUGCCCAGAGGGACUCAGUGCUCUCCACCAGCUCGGCGGUCUUCCACGACUCCACCCUGUCCCUCGCCUCGUCCCAGGCCUCGGGGCCCACCCUCUCCCCCCAGCUGCUGACCUCCUUCGUCUCGGGCCUCUCGGACGGCAUGGACAGCGGCUACGUGGAGGACAGCGAGGAGAGCUCCUCCGAGUGGCCCAAGAGGCCGGGCGCCCAGGAGCGCCGGGGCCACCGCAGGCCUGGGCAGAAGUUCAACAGGAUCUAUAAACUCUUCAAGAGCACCAGCCAGCUGGUGCUGCGGAGGGACUCCCGGGGCCUGGAGGGCGGCUCGGGCUCGGGCUCGGGCUCAGGCUCGAGCCUGCCGCUGCGGCGGGCGGGGAGCCUCUGCAGCCCCCUGGACGGCCUGCCGCCGCCGCCGCCGCCCCCCACGCGGGCCCAGCGCUCGCGCUCCCUGCCCCAGCCCAAGCUCAGCGCCCAGCUGCCCAGCUGGCUCCUGGCCCCCGCCUUGCGGCACCAACGCCGCCGGCCCUUCCUGAGCGGGGACGAGGACCCCAAGGCGUCCACACUACGCGUCGUGGUCUUCGGUUCCGAUCGGAUUUCGGGGAAGGUGGCUCGGGCCUACAGCAACCUCCGGCAGCUGGAGAACAACCGCCCGCUCCUCACACGGUUCUUCAAGCUUCAGUUCUUCUACGUGCCCGUGAAGCGAAGCCAGGGGACCGGCUCCAGCACCUGCCCCCCCGCUGCCAGCCAGACGCCCCCACCCCCCACAGACUCCCCGAGGCACCCCAACCCUGCGGAGCUGGAGAGCACCAAUGACAUCUCCCACUACCUCGGCAUGCUCGACCCCUGGUAUGAGCGCAACGUGCUGGGCCUCAUGCACCUGCCCCCCGAAGUCCUGUGCCAGCAGUCUCUGAAGGCGGAAACCCGGCCCCUGGACGGCUCCUCGGCCCAGCUGCCCAUCCUGGCGGACAUGCUACUGUAUUACUGUCGCUUCGCGGCCCGGCCAGUGCUGCUGCAGGUCUAUCAGACAGAGCUGACUUUCGUCACCGGGGAGAAGAUGAAAGAGAUCUUCAUCCACUCCCUGGAGCUGGGUCACUCGGCCGCCACGCGCGCCAUCAAGGCUUCGGGUCCUGGCAGCAAGCGUCUGGGCAUCGAUGGUGAUCGCGAGGCCGUCCCUCUAACACUACAGAUUAUUUACAGCAAGGGGGCCAUCAGUGGACGAAGCCGCUGGAGUAACAUGGAGAAGGUGUGCACCUCGGUCAAUCUCAGCAAGGCCUGCCGGAAGCAGGAGGAGCUAGACUCCAGCAUGGAGGCCCUGACGCUAAACCUGACAGAGGUGGUGAAAAGACAGAACCCCAAGUCCAAGAAGGGCUUCAACCAGAUUAGCACGUCACAGAUCAAAGUGGACAAGGUGCAGAUCAUCGGCUCCAAUGGCUGCCCCUUCGCCGUGUGCCUGGAUCAGGAUGAGAGGAAGAUCCUGCAGAGUGUGGUCCGGUGUGAGGUCUCACCUUGCUACAAGCCAGAGAAGAGCAGCCUCCGCCCCCAACCCCAGAGGACCCCGGACCCGCCAGCCCAGGCCCCGCCGGACCUCUGCUCCCUCCUCUGCCUGCCCAUCAUGACGUUCAGUGGAGCUCUGCCCUAGUGGGGCCCUCACCAGCCUGGACAGGAAGCCCUGGGCAGGCAGCCUCCUGGGAGGCCCUCCCCACGCGGUGGCCUGGAGGGUCUCGCUCCCUCUGGGGAACUAGAUGGCCCUCUGUUGGAUCAGGCCCUGCUAUGGGCCCUGCAGUGGACAGUGGGCAGGGGAUUGGUGGUUUCUGGGCCCUCGGGCUGUGUUUAGGAAAGACACAGGCAUUAGGGAGAGAGCGGCUGGCCACACUGCCCCUCAGAUUCCUCACGGUAGAGAGGAGAGGGAUGGAUGAGCUGACCUCCAGAGGCCCCGGCCACUGGUGUGGUCUAGGAUCCUUUCUAGAAAGUUCUGAGGCUCUGGUGCUCUGGGGUGUGGUUUAGGCCUCCUCUCCCAAUGCUUGGCUGGACCCCCCGCCUUAGUCUGUCAAAAUCUUGGGGGGCCCUUUGUAUCUGGGGUUCAGUCCCCUCUACUCUGGGGCUCAGGUGGUAGUAACAAGACUAGGAAUUUCUUCCCAGACCUUCAGUACCACCCCAUCUCUUUCUCUCUCUCUCUCUCUCCCCCCUGCCCCAUGUCUCACAAGUUCCCUGGGUCUUCUGAAAAACAGCACUAAUACUUUACUUGUCUACUCUCAGCCCCUGGAACAUAUUCUCUCAGGAGCCCCUUUCUGGAUCUGAGAGCCUUGUGAGACAGGACAGGCAUAGAUUCAACAGCUCGGUUACCUUCUAGCUCAGUGACCAGAAGGAAGUGAAUUAGCUUCUCCGAGCCUCCACAUCCUCAGCACUAAGACCUUCAGGGGUUGAAAAGAAAUUGUCCGCUAAGCACCUGGCCCAGUGGCUGGCUCAUAGCUGGUGCUCAGUACAGAUGAGUGGCCUCACCCGUAAGCUCCAGCGCCCCCCCCUGCCUGGCACUUGGACAUGCUCACGGCCCCUGGGAUGCUCUUCAUUCACCCUUGAGGCAGAACCGAGACUGAGGGAGUGAGGAGGGGUCAGUUUUACCCUCUGAAGGAGGAAUGGCCUUGGCGAGGCUAGGGGGAGGGUUGCACGGGUAUCCCCAAGCCCUCGCCGACUUCUCUCCCGGGUUGGGCCCCGUGACCCCCGCUCCCACGUCACGCCUUAGGCUGGUGCACAUUGCAUAUAGAGGCUUCCAGCCCCAAAGUUCACUGGCACCAUUCUGGCGUCUGGGCGGGAUCCUGGAGGGGUCGAGGGAGAGCCUGGCUGGGGGAAAUGGGUCACAGGACGUGAGAGCCAAAAACGUAAAGCUGGCGGGUCGGAGUGGUUUGGAAGCUGGAAGCAAACGUGGGCUAGGGUGGUAGUGGGGGAGGGCAGGGCUAGGACCAGGAUUUGGACGGUACAGGUUGAGAAGGUAGCCAUGGAAGAUGAUCGUAUCCUGCUCAGCGCCUCUCCGUCCCCUCCUUCUCCUGCUUCACCCGGCUCCGAAGGUUCUGGGCUUACAGGAGCCCCCGAACCGCAGCCUGGACCACUCACCACUGGAGAGAAGUGAACAGAGCCGGCUCCCACCCUGUGUCACCGUCCCUCCCCUGUCCUCACCAUUUGUACUUGCUCCAGGCUCCAGAGAGCAGUCGGCCAUAUACCUUCCAUAGUCUUUUGUUGGGUGAACAGGCUACUACAUGAUAAACCUAUAUCCAAGAAUAAACGAAUAGAAUUUAAUAUUAUUUUCAA